AUUCAACUAUUGGAACUGUGCUAUCCUGGCGCAUCGAAUCCGGUCGCCAUAACUGAAAACUUGGUAGACAUCAUGGCUGAUGAUCUAAUCAACACAGUGAAAUCGCCUAUACUUGUAAUUAAUGAAGACUUCCUCCCGAGAGACACUCAACUUUAUUAUCCGACACAUCCACUCUACAUCCUGUUAACAGACACGACUGGACAACUACGGAACCUUCUAAUGUUGCUGAAAUCAUCACCGUUUUGGAAUAUGAAAUCAACAUUUUUCGUUAUCGGCAAGGCAAAUAAAUUUUGUCGAGACAGUGCUGCGAUAUUGAAAGAAAUGUGGAAAUUUGAACUAUUGUCAUCCUUCGUGGUGUGUUCCAAAACUAACAAUCAAACUAUGCUCUACACUUAUAAUCCUUAUACCAGUCGAGUUCCGCUCGAUUCGUGGGUUGCUGUUAGAAACAAAGAAAAUUCUAACCGACGAUGGACGCUCUAUAAGAAAGCAUUCAUAAACGAUCCAAGAAUAUGCAAGUCUUUCAACUUUGAUAAAACUAAAUUUAUGAACGGUUAUCCAGUGAAAAUAAUCAAAAGCGACAAUAUAGUAAGAACGUUAGAAAAUCUUGUAUUUUCAAGUUUAAACAUGAAAGUAAAGGUUCAUGUUCAUGACGAAGUUCGUCAUCGUUUUAAAAUGGCUCAUUUUCUGAAUUUUGAUGAAGACGAUAUUGUAAUGGGUUUGUAUAAUACCCAUGUAUUAUAUAAGCGUGUGAAUGAAAUACCAGUGCUUUACGAAUAUAAUUAUCUAAUAAUUACUCAAAAGAGGUCAUUUACAUACUCUUUUCGUGAAGUAGUCGUUACGUUAGAUUAUCACUGUUUGGUCGGUUAUCUAUGA